AUGGCGUCAGUUUUAGAGGCUUCAAAGAAGUGUACAUUUAAAGCUGAUACAAGUGCAAAAGCAACUGUUCGAAGAUCUCAGUUGACGUUAAAAGAAGGGGAACUUAACAGAGCUGUGGACUAUUGCAAAGAAAACAACUGUCGAGGCUACAAAGCAAUUUCAAAUGGAAUUUGCCCGAACAUUAAAGAUGCACGGACAAUAAACGCACGUUUAGAUGGCAAAGUAAUCACGGGCAAAGAAAAGGAAUACUGCUCAAUUCUUACCGAUACAGAGGAAGAAAUGUUAAUAAAGUAUAUAAUUGGUAAGAGCCGGGCAUAUCAGCCUCAGAAUCGAUCUGAAGUGUCAUCAAUGGCAGUAAAAUUGUUAAAAGUGAGACAGCAUGUAAACAAGAAACUGCAAGGAGGGAGGAGAUACAAGAAGCUGACAUCGCCAGCACAACUGUGUAUUGAACGCAAUAAAUUGCCACAAAGCUUUUGGACACGUUUUGAUGCAAAGGUUAGAACAUAUUUUAUAAUCUUCUGCACAGUAAAUUUGAAUAAUUUUGAUUUUACUAAUCAUUUAUACUGUAAUCAAUAUAAAAUUUUACAGUCCAUGUACAGUAAUUAUACUGUACAGUGCACACUGUACAUUAACUGUUGUUUGAUAAUGUUGUGAGCAUUUUGUGUUCAAAAUUUAUACAAAUAUCUCAAACAAGCUUUAUUCAUAUUGGUUUGUUCUUUCCAUUCAAACAUAUAUACUGUAUGUUGUUCAGGUUGGCAACCGUCUCUCUCGAAAAAGGGAGCAGUACACAAGCAUUCAACGAGCAAUUUCAUGCACAGAGGCAAUUGGCUUGUGA